UCAACACCAUCCAAAACUUCAACAUCAACAAUCUACAGCCUAAACUAUGUCUCGCCACCACCCGUAUGCACCCCCUUUCACCCCCAGAUAAUUGCUCAAGGUUGUUUAAUUCUUAAUAGUGAUUUAGUAAUGUGCCGCAAGCAAGCCGGAAUCGCAAUCGGCAGACUCUGCGACAAAUGCGACGGCAAAUGUCCUGUAUGUGAUUCAUACGUUCGUCCCACAACGCUGGUGCGCAUCUGCGAUGAGUGCUCUUUCGGAAACUACCAGAACAAGUGCGUUGUCUGCGGUGGGGAAGGGAUCUCGGAUGCAUUCUAUUGCUUCGAAUGCACGCGGCUAGAAAAAGAUCGAGACGGUUGUCCAAAGAUUAUCAAUCUAGGCAGCUCGAGAACAGAUCUGUUUUGUGAGUUCUUCAAUACCUAC